UUGUAAUUACUAGAUAUGUGGAAAGAUACAUAACAUUCUUAGUAUAAACGUUUACGAACAGUUAGUUUGUUUACGUGAGUGAGACGACCGACGCGCGCGAAGCCCCGAGCUUACAUACUACGGAUAUUUCUGUGACAGCGAUAUUUGAAAUGGCUUGUAGUAUAUUUAAUCAAAAGCAUAUUGAUGAUGAAGAAACCAUCCGCUAUUGGCUGUUUCCCCAUGAUAAGGAUGGCACUCCUAUUAUGGAGGAGACAAAACUAGAAGAACUUGCUGCCAAAGUGCUUGCUCAUGUUGCUCAAUAUACCCAUCAAUAUAUCUGGAAUAACCAAUCAUUUACUCUCAAAGUACGAAAGCAAGCCCCAUGUGAUGGUACCUCAGGUGUGCUUGGUCCUCACCUGGGUGGUGUGACUGUAGUUGGGGACCUGUUAGAAGACGAGUGGUUUAUUGUUUUCCUCCUGCUCAACCUUACCCGAGACUUCUCGGGGCUAGUGUGUCGGUAAGUAUAUAAGAGCAU